AUCGACAUAAUUAUCCUUCUAUUGGGAAUUACAAUAGGAUUAUUAGUUAUUGUAUGGCUCGAAAGAAAAAUAUCUGCGAGAAUACAACAACGCAUUGGACCUGAAUACGUCGGUCCUUUGGGAAUUAUUCAAGCCUUGACGGAUGGAAUAAAACUACUGCUAAAAGAGGAUAUUAUUCCAUCUAGGGGGGAUAUUUGGUUAUUUAGUAUUGGACCAGCAGUAGUGGUCAUACCUAUUUUUUUAGGCUAUUUAGUAAUUCCCUUUGGUCACCACAUUAUUUUAAUGGAUCUUAGUAUAGGCAUUUUUUUUUGGAUUGCAAUUUCAAGUAUUGCUCCCCUUGGACUGCUUAUAGCAGGAUAUGGAUCAAAUAAUAAAUUUUCUUUUUCAGGUGGUCUCCGAGCAGCUGCUCAAGCUAUUAGUUAUGAAAUUCCUUUAGCUUUAUGUGUGUUAUCUAUAUCUCUACAAUUAUCCAAUAGUUCAAGUACACUUGAUAUAGUUGAAGCACAAUGCAGAUAUGGUUUUUUAGGAUGGAAUUUGUGGCGCCAACCUAUAGGGUUUCUAGCUUUUUUCAUCUCAUCUCUGGCAGAAUGUGAGAGAUUUCCCUUUGACUUACCAGAAGCGGAAGAAGAAUUGGUAGUGGGUUAUCAAACUGAAUAG